CAACUGUCUACAUGUCAUACUCUGGCACAGCAACAUACGUCCCUCCUGAGUUUCACAUAAAGGGAAAGUACCACGGCAAGCCUGCGACGGUUUGGUCACUGGGGGUUCUGUUAUUUAAAAUAGUGGCCGGAUAUUAUCCAAGUUUCUUAGAUCUGCACAUGCUCAAACUGCAUCUCUGGUCCAAAACUGGUCUGUCAAACGAAUGCUGCAGAUUGCUCCGCGCUCUCCUGCAAAUAAAGCCAAAGAACCGAAUUCAGCUGGAGGAAAUCCUUUCCACAAGUGGUUUACGGCCACCACAUAAGACCACCUCAGAAGUUGUUGUAUCUUCAGCUCUCCAAUGGUUCCUGCAAUAGUUGCAGCAGUAUCAGAGGCCCAG